CGGGCGAGUGAAGCAGGAGCCGGGAGCCCCCCCGCCGCCAUCCCGCCGCGUCCUGUGUCCUCCUGCCCUGCCCUGCCACCACCAUGAUGGAGGAGAUAGACCGGUUCCAGGUGCCCGCCGUGCGCGCUGAGAUGCAGCCGCUGGAUCCAACAGCUGCAUCUAUUUCGGACAGAGAUUGUGAUACGAGAGAGGGAGAGACUGUAGCCAUGAACUAUAAGCCGUCCCCACUCCAAGUGAAACUAGAGAAGCAGAGGGAGCUGGCUCGGAAGGGCUCCCUGAAGAACGGCAACAUGGGCAGCCCAGUUAAUCAGCAGCCCAAGAAGAACAACGUGAUGGCACGGACAAGGCUCGUCGUUCCCAAUAAGGGCUAUUCGUCAUUAGACCAGAGUCCAGAUGAAAAGCCACUGGUAGCCCUGGAUACAGACAGUGAUGAUGACUUCGACAUGUCCAGAUAUUCCUCCUCGGGAUACUCAUCAGCUGAGCAGAUCAACCAAGACUUGAACAUCCAGCUGCUAAAGGAUGGGUACCGGUUAGAUGAGAUCCCAGAUGACGAGGACCUCGACCUAAUCCCCCCUAAAUCGGUCAACCCUACCUGCAUGUGUUGCCAAGCCACCUCCUCCACCGCCUGUCACAUCCAGUAGUGAGGCCGGCAGGCUGUGAUCAGUGCUUUCCACUAUAACUGUAAAACUUAACAGCCAUUGCUUCCUCCUAUGGUAGGACGUGCACCUCUUUGUGUUCAUGGAGCCAGGAGAAACCAAAAAAUUCAUUUUAUGAUUGGUUGAUAAGUUAUUUUAAACUAUGGUUAAACAAAAGAGUUAAACUCAAAGUGCCAGGCAGUGCCUGGCAGAACUGACUGGUCCAGGGAGUGGAUGCAGAAGGGCCCAGAGAUACUUAUGGGUUUGUGUAGGCACCAGAGAUGUUUUGUAAGGUGUCAGUUCCAGAAUGGGAAGGAUUGGAAGGGGCUGCAGUUAAUCCUACCCUCUAAAAACAAUCCAUUUGCAAGAUCAGGGGUGAGUCUGAGGUGUCAGGGGGGUUUUCCUGAGGUCAGUUCGUAAUUAGUUCACUAAGCCUCAUUUGCCUGUGUAACCAAAAUUACACCAUGACCAUGGUGCAGGAAUGGCAACAGAGCAGGGCAUCAUUUCUUACGGCAAGUCUAGCCAGGAGUAACACAACACAAUUCAUUCACUUGCAAAAAAGGGCAAGUUGGUGGCAUUUCACAGUGAGUCAGUAAUAGCUGGAGCUGUUGUGUCACAUACCAAUGCAAUUCACCCUUAGCACCACAUUAAAUUAUCACCAAACACAUCAGAUUUGAUUUGCAAUCCAUCCAUACUCUCAGUAGAUUCAGUCCUUGCCUGAGAAUGCCAUAAUCAUGAAUUCAAUUCAGUUGAAUACACUGACUUCAGCUUCUACUUAAUUCCUGCGAGAGCCAUCUGCUUCCAAAAAUCUUAAACUUUGUUCAACUAAGAAAAAAUGAGUCCUGCGUAAGACAGGACUCAAGCUGUACAGUCUGAAGGUCAGUGCUGAAAAAGCUAGUCGAAGGAAGCAUAUUUUUUAGAGCUCGGCUGUUGGUACUCUUGACAGUGCAUCUCUUGGUGCCUAUGGGAGAGAUUUGUUAACGUGCUGGUGUCAGACUUUAGGGGAGUUUUCAGCAACAGAGGGAUUAUGAGCAGAUUCAGCUGAAAAAAAGCCAUGAGAGGAAACUACCGUUUAUUGCAUCUCUGCCCCCUUGUGCACCAAGCUUUGUCUGUUAGAGCUGUCCCACCUCAGGAACAAUUAUGUUUAUUUGAUGCUGGAAUAGUCAGGAAACCUGGUGUUACAUUAGAUUUCUGGACUGAAUUGCCAGUUCGCCAACAGAUUGUUUUAAAUGCAAAAUCAUUUCUGGAAUUAGGAAUAUGUCCUUACCCUGUUUGGUUUUACACUGCUGGCUUCAGAAUACAUGGGACUCUGGUGAUGGAUGGGCUGGCAUCUUUCUCUGAGGUGAAAUCUUUUGACACAGCCUCAUCAGUGUCUUUUCCUGCUCAGCCAGGAAGAAAGGCUGCCUGCCUUACGUCAGCACUCGCUUUAGAGCCGGGUGGAAAGAAAAAGGGAAGACACUUCUGUUUCCCAUCAGAAUUCCCCUGAGCCAUGAGAAAGAGCCUGAUCUCCACCCUGAAGUACAGAUCCCCUGUAUCAGAUUUGCACAUCAUGAGCUGACUCUUUAAGAAGUUCUCUUGGUGAUGAGGAGGACACUUAUUUAACAUCACACGUUUUCAUUCUGUGCGGUGCAAGGCAUGAUGUCAUCCGCAGCAUGAGCAAAAGAGCAAGCAUACAGGGCCCCUGGGCUUUAUUAUUCAGCAGCUAGCUGCAGGCAACCGUGAAAGCUGUGUUUGCCCCCUCCCCAAAGCAGGGACUGUUGCCCUGUCUGCCAGGGAACAGAAAGAGGACUGAGCAGACUUGUUUACUGAGCAUCUCUGCCUCCUUGUGCAGAAGUGCUGGUUAACUUGCCAACUCCUCUAGGGAGAGAGUGUUCCUCUAUUGAAUUCCUCUCACUAUCUCAUCACAUGGCAGUGCCGAGGGGGAAUAUUUCAAAAAUGUUUCUAAAGAAGCACAAAGCUUCAGCUCCCCAAUUCCUUGCUUCUUUUGUGUGCCAGCCUUCUCCUCCAGUGCUAACCCGGAUGUGAGAUUAGCAAGUUGUCUGCAGUGAGGAGAAGAGCUCUAACAGCACUGUGUGGGAAGAAAAGGUAAAAGGGAGGAAAAGCUCAAGGAGUCUUUUUUUCAGAUGGGGAAUGUAGUCAAAACCUAACAGAAACCCCAUGGUCAAACUAAAUCCUAUGGGACAUGGCCACGUCUCUUUAAAGGUUCACACUUCUAAAGCAGGAGUUUGCAGUUCAGCGUUGGUACCAUGCAACAUCCCUAUUGCAGUUAUCCUCCUGGGUCGGUGUCUGUGCCUUCCAGGCAGGCUGCACAUGCUCAGCCUUUCCAUGGACUCGGGGCAUUUUGGUGAGCCUGCUCAAGCAAUGAGGUGUCUGUGUUGGUUAACCUUGGCAGACUGCACAUCCCACAGUUCUCCAUCAAACCACCUUUGUCUUGGGACAGAGAUGGAAGGAGACCUGCUGAGAUUGUGUCUCCCAGGGCUGUAACUUCCCCUCUGAAGGACAGACUUUCCCUGUAACCAGUGCCCCAUGGCAUCGCUGCUAGGUCCUUUUAUUGCACCUAUUGCUGUUCUUUGUCUGCCAUGUGCUCCAAGGCAUUCCCCAACCCCACAACCCUGCAACCGCCCUCCACCCUUUGCAUUGUGUGAUGUGCACCUGCUUCCACCAUAACCCCUUAAGGUCCCUGGGAGGGAACUGCUCAUUUGCACAUGUGAGGGAGGGAGAUUAAUUUAAAUGUGAACUGGGCCGGUGCUUCCUCCAAAUACAGACAGAAGCACAAGCCAAGUGUUUUUCCCUGCUCACAGAAGGAGCUGGUUGCACAAAUAGCUGGUUUGGCAUGACAGUACAAGACCAUAAAAUGGCAAUUUUUUGGCUUCUCCUCUCUAUGCUUUGUGUUCAGAUAUUUUAUUAGGGGAAUAAAGUAGAAAGGGUGGGGAAAAGUAGUUACCUGUGUAAGGUCAUUAUCAGGAAGGCUGAAUGGAUUAAGGCAAUGCACGUGUGGCUAUCAUAGAAAACUGACCGCUAACCCUUCUGAACUCCAGCCCCUUAAUCAGGUUAUGACCGUGGGGCAUGUUUGAUGGAUCAUUACAGAUUAUGAUGGACAGCCCAGCAGUGUGUGUUAACAGCAGAUUGGCUUGGCUCUCCCUGUCUCGUCUUGUGUUCUUGUGUUUUGGCCAGAAGGUUUUCCUUGUGCCCUCACUGGAGGUUUUAGGGGCUUCCCCGGAAGGAGUUGGUUGUUGGUACAUGGUUGUUCUGUCGCUGCUUUCCUUACACCAGCAGAAUAUCUGUUGCCAUGGCCCGGAGGAGGCAAAAGCAAACAGCACAGCCCCUGACUCUUUGCUGAAGCAUUAGAAAGUCCUAAAAUCUGCAGAGCUGCUGGAUACUCUCCAAACUGCAGGUUGCUUGCAAGAAAGCAAAUCAUUCCUUGUUCCAGUCUUUGCACCAAACCAUACGGUCUUCUCAGGCCCUAUUUUCAGUCUGAAGUGUAGAGAAUACCAGGGGGAGGAGACCAUGGAGUAUGAAAAGCUGCAUUACUGUCCAUCUAACUUACCACACAAAUAGGAUAGCUUCCUUAUAGUGAUACUGCCGCCUCUAACAAAGGAAUUUGCGUUUGGUGCCUCCCGAAGUCAGAUUGGCUUCUUUGGCUAGGAUUUUAAGUAAUUAUGGUCACCAAAUUACCUGAGUUUAGGCAAAUCAUUUCCUCUUAUCAGAUGUUAGUUUAGCCCUCUCAUGUGAAGUGGCUUUGGACUGCAAGGUCUCAGCUCUCCAUUUUUGUCUCUCCAGUCAGACUGCAAAUUCCCCAUUUCCAGAUGUCCGUGUGAGGGAAGUAUCCCCCCCAGUGUUGAGGAAGGCCCUAGAUAGCAUGGUCUAGUCUGCUUUUCCUGUGUUUGUAUAAAUAACCUUUGGCUGAAGGAAAGGCUGAUGUCCAAGUGACCAUCCCGGAGGCUCAUUUGACGUCCUGUCAGACAUGUUUUGAAGCCAACCUUUGGAAGAGCCACUGGAUCAUAUCUGAUACUGCUGCACGUCUACCCCCAACGCGUAUAUUUGGCUGUCAGGUCUAUUCUGCUCUUCUGGCCAUCCUGCCUGCAGAUACCUUGCAAUUGCAAGAGCAGGCAGCCAAGCCUACUGCACAGACUUCGUAAGGGGCUUGAGGAUGCUGUGCUCACCCACAGACAGGACAGACUCAACUGCUUCUGGUUUGGCUCUCCAUCUCCUUUCCCAAAAGGAGACAGCUGCUCUGCUCAGCUGUGUGCUGGCUGACACAUAGAUCUGAGAUCCUGAGCAGAGACCUUCCCUCUCCAUGCAGAGUCUGUCCUCAGGCUGGCCUGCAAGCUGUACAACAGCGUGCAGGAAGCUUGAAAAGUGCAGCACCCUGUAUGUGACUCAAUAGAAACAUGAAGAUGCUUUUGAAGGAAGGAAAGACCCAGCUGGGCACCAGAUGGAAUGAGAGAAGAAAAACAAGCAAUAACUGGAAAGGUUGCCAAGUGCUGCCUUGGCCUAGGGCAGAUCCCAGUUGUCCAAGCUAAUCCAUCUCAGUGCAGUGCUGAUACCAAGCAAAGCUUGUUUUCAGAUGCAUACACCAGAAACACUGUGUCCCUGAGCUAGCACUGCAGCCAAACACUACUGCAGAGAGCCUGCUGGACCAUCAGAGCACAGAAAUGAGAUCUGGGGUCCCUCACUGCUUGUGGCACGUGUGUUUGCUCCAACCCCAGGCAGGUCACAUCCCCUCUUGACAUCCAUUCCCUUCUGCAGCGGAGGGGAGAUACCUGCCUUCCCCAGCCACUACCACCCCGCAUGGACGUUGCCAAGUGUGUGGCAGGCACCAUUGAUAGGACAGCUCUGCAAGCAAGGCGCAAACAGCAAGCUAUUAAAGUUUUACAUAGAUUUUCAAAGUUCUGCAGAGAACAGCAACACAACUCACCUUUCCCUGUUUACCAGCAUCUGACGUUGCUUGCAUGUGCCAGAAGGCUGCAGGGUGAGCUUAGUAGAGAGAUUAAACAGCUUUGAGGGCAGAUGUUUGGCAAGGGGAUGUUUCCCAGUUAUUCAGCUGUUGGCUCGUGCACAGCUGGCUACUUAACAUGCACACUGACACAGGGGACAUGUAAGAAGAAUUGGUGGUCCAACAGCACCAUCCCCUGCUAGCAGACUUAAGGAAUUUAGGAGUGCAAGUGGAUUUCCAACUCAGACAGUGAAUUUUAAUGGGGUGGAAGAGAUCACUGAAGGGCUCAUCUGGGAUAUUCCCAGGGAAUAUCCCAGAUAUUUCAUGCUUUUGUAUUUAGCAUGUAUGUAAUGAUGUGAGGCACUUGUGUCUGGGCUCUUCCUUUAUUUUUCCAUUCUUCCUUGACGUACUCACACGGUAUGGCCACUCUUACCUAGAACAGAACCAGCUUUGUCACCUGGCUGCUCAGCAAGCACAGGCUGCAUGUGCCACCCUGAGCAUAGCCCAGCUUUGGCCUCUGGCACCCUUCAGAGCUGACUCUUCACAACUCACUUCUCUUUCUAGUUCUCAUGUCUCAAAAAGAUCUGCAGAGAUGGGCAGAGUGCCACAAGGGAAGCUGGACUAGGCUAAGCUUGAGGGGCAGGCACGGGACGGUGUUCAUUUUAAGGUGCUUUUCACCUCAGGGAGGACAAGGCAUCCUUGUCACUUCUUGUCGAGGCCUUGUUGUGCAAGAGGCUGCUCCAGACCUUGAACUGCACCUCACCAGAUGAACCUGCCUGUCACAGAGCCACGCAAACCCUGAAGCAGAAGGGCCAGAGACUUAGAGGAAGAGAUUGGGACCUGGGAUUACACACAGAGCAUUAAUGACAGACUAACCAGGUGUAGGUUUUUCAGUGGGGCUGGCAUCCCAAUUUGCACUCCCUGUGUUGUGCAGCUGAUCUCUUGCAUCACUUCCCAAAAAUUACAACUACAUCCCCUCCUUAAGCCCCCUUGACACCGGUGGCAAUCCCAGGAUCACAGCAGCCUGGCUGAGCACUCCUCCGACAGCUUGCUUGGAAGGCAAGGGCCAGGGGCUAAUGGAGAUGACAUGGAUCAGAGCACCGUGGCCCAUGCAGCUGUUCAGGAAGCCAUGGCACGGAGCAGGACAUCGCUGACUUUCCCUGGCGCCUGUGGUGAACUGCUCUUCCCAUUGCUUCCCAGGCCCAGUUGCCAGCAGAAACUGGUGGUGGGUCUGAGGCUUUCUCUUUCUGUAAAAAGCUGCUUCAGCAAAAGAUGGAUUUGGCUCCCGGAAGGAGCUCGCCUGGCUGAUCGUGCCUGGUCUGUGAGGCAGCCAUUUCCAUAGUAACCAGUGGCGGUAGAGGCGGCGGGAUUACAUCAGGGAGUGAAGGUACAAAAGAAGCCUCAUUUAAAUGUGGCUGUCUCAGGCGUGGCACUGGAAACCAGCACAGUGGGCAGCAGGAAAAGAAAAGGCCACCCAAAGGCCAUGCUGAGCUAAGUCCCGUUACACACCGAGAUGUUUGCCCUCCCAGAGCAGCAUUUCUCCCCGAGCUGCCCAUUCUCAACAUUCAGCUGCCCCAGCACAGGUCUCCAGAAAGCACUGCUCCACCCGGGCUGCCUUCUCUUUUCUGCACUGGUCCCAAAAAAAGCUGCCACUUCAUUUGUUACUCAUCUUCCUCAAGGCUGCAUGAUCUGGGAAAGGCAAAGUUUAUCAGGAGAUGUGAUACAGACCCACAGGGAGCUGGAAAAUUUGGACGAGCUCUCCUCUUCACAGCAGCCCUUCUGGAUUUUAUCACUUCUGCCUCCUUUCCCAGUUCAGAUUUCUCUGCUCCAUUUCUUUGCAUGGGGAUAGCAAGUGCGUUCAGCUUGUCAGUGACAAACCCAAGGCAAACAUCAGACCAGCAGGAGACCCAAGAGGCGUGAUGGUGGCUGAGCCAGUGAGCCGGGUGGGAUUUCUCUUCACCCACCUGCGUGGCCAGGGAAGGCUGUGGAGCUGAGGGUCACCCAAGAGAGUUUAAAUCCUUGGUGUGAGCCACCAAGCCCAGAUGGGUGCCAUCACCCUUCCAGAAUCAGCACUGUGGGCACACUGGGACCAGAGAUCCCGGUCCAAGACCUGCCUGAGCCUGAGACCCCAGGGGAGGCACAGGUAGAAGUCUGUUGGUGGUCCCCUUCUCGGCUGUGAAACACGCGGGUAGGGCUGUAGUUCUGCAGGGAGAACAACUCUUGCGGAGGAUGAAGUCCCCCUCCCUCCCUCCCUUUUUUCACAUUUUAAACCAAUUUAACCCCUUCCACAGGCGUUAUUUAACCUUAAUAAAGAAGGAAACGAAGCACCAUUAAAUACUUUCUGAAAGCAGGUGCUGCUUGCAUGCAGAGCUGGUCUGUGUCUGCCGUGUGACUUCCAGAGCUCAUGGCACAUCCUGUAGCUGAGUCACCUGGAGUGCUGCGCGGGGCUAGGGUGGGAGAACCAACGCUGACCAUCUUGUCAAACAUCACGUCCCAACCUAGAGAAGGGUCAGAUAAAGGAAGGGGGGAAAGAAGCAGCAAUAUAGAAGUAUAAGAAGUAUAACUAGUUGUAACAGGUAAACUUGGGUAUCCGUGUCCAGUGGUUAGUUCUAGAAUCACAAGCCUUGUUAUAUUGCACAUGUCCUCCUUUCACUCCUCUUUUCUCAAAGCAGCCAUCAUCUUUUUUUUUUUUUCUUCUCCCCUUGAACAUGUGAUGAGCAACAGAGGCAGUUGCACCAGAAUGUCUCUCAGCCUAGUUCUGCAUUUCCCUCUCCCACCCAAACCCAAGGCAGUCCGACAGCUGUUGGCCAUCACAAUUCUUCAUUUUUAGUAACUCUACUUCGAUUUUCCUCUUAUACUAUGGCUUCCUCCACAAGCACCCCAGCAGGGCAGCACAGGAGGCUCUGACCAUGUCCCAGGAAGCUUCUUUGCUCCUGGCAGCACCUUGCAGACUUGCACCUUACUGGGAACGUACUGGGUCGAUGCUGGUGAGAUCCGGCACUGCCCAUCUUGCAUACGUGGCAGCUGAUGGGAAUCCACUGGGAGAAGCUGGCAGGAAAUGGCCACUGUCCCUUUUCUUUUCAAUUUGAGGGAGAGGGAGAUUUUUUUGACAUUAAGAUUUUUGUCCACCUUCCAGUGGCCAAGUUCUGGGCUGCAUUAAUAAUUGGGGUUGGUUGGCUGUCCGGGCAGGUACGGAGCUUCACACCAGCUUUGAUAGCAAAUGUCACAGCUGCAUCCAGAGCCUGGCUACAGGCUGUGUUUCUCCUGUGCUGGCAACGAGCAGGCUGCGCUUUCAGCAGGCUCCAGGUAACCUGGCAGGUGGGGGGACAGCCCUCUUCUGAGUCCGGAUCAAGUCCGAACUUCCAUUUCAUGGCCUCAGCUUGAAAGAAACUAAACCCAAGCAAAUGCUACCAAGGUCUCCUUCCACCGCGCCGCGCCUGGCGCCCAGGGGAGGAGGUGGCGGGAGGCAUUUGUGGGUCACUGCAGAUGGGAUCCUUCUGGGAUAUAGUUAAUGGAAAUGCCUUUCAGGAGAGACCUCCCGACCUUUGUGUUGAUCUCAGAGCAGGAGAUGGAUUUCUGGCUGUCCUUGCAUAUAGUGAAACAUAGCUGAAACAGCCAAAUGCAAAGUAGAGUUAAAUGUAGGGUUUGACCUGAAUAACCUUUUAAUUAGGAAGAUAAAUUUGUUGUAGCUUGACCUUAGUCCAUGUUAGGAACCUGCUAAUCAUUUGACAUGCAGAGUGUAUUAAUGCUGCACUUAACUUGGCCAUUGGUUUUAUUAUCUGGUUUUGGGAGUUUUUUACUCCUGAAGCAUCAAUCUGCAUCUUGUAUGGAUUCUUUUUCUUUAUUCCUGUUCAGAACAUGUAGCACACUGUUGUACUUCUGUUCCCGUCCGCGUAGAGUAUUGCCUUAAACAGAUCAGUUGUGUUGUGGUUUGUUUUGGGUUUUCUUUUUUUCUACCAUCAGUUUUAUGCAUUAAUUUAUUUUAAAAGUAUGGGUUUUUUUUUUUUUUGAAAAAAACAUGAAGCGUAUAAUAUUUUUUUUUAACAUUUCCAUUGCAGUAUUUAUCAUUGUUACUGUUUGUGUGUAGUGUAACAAUUAAUGAUAUUAAAAAGCAUACAUAUGAAAACCA